UGCGAUACAACCUUGGUAUUUGUUAGUCAUACCAUUCGAUCAACAUUUAUACCUGCGAACCAUAAUCCCCCCUAAAUACCACGGAGAUAGCGAGUAUAGAUAUCACAGCAAUAUCUGCGUUUUCAAGUGAUUGCUCGUUCACUGAACAACUCGGCAGAUCACCCGCACUCUUUGUGGGAGGGGCCUAUAUCCGAGCCCCGCAGCAGGCCGAAAUUGGUUUUUAUUAGCCCGCCAGAUUUUUUUCUCUCUCGCAAUCGUAAGCAGACUCUAUACUCUUGGAUACUGUACAGUAGUGUGUGAUUUGACUCUGUGGAGUGCGGGUCUGGGAACCACAUUAGGCAAAGUUCAGUUUGAUACUAUGCUCAGGGCCGUUUUAUCGGCCUUGUCGAGUCGGGCUGAGCCGAGCAGCAGGGGAGAUUUUGUGACACUGUUUACGCUGAGCGGAUCGCGUUCCAACGGUUUGCGUGCGGGUUGCAUGUGUCUUGGCCAAGUGCUGGACAAAAACAGCAGUGGUUCUACUUGUGUAUACACUUUCAACUUUUUCUCUCUCGCGACAGCAGAUUUGUAGUCAGUUUCUCUCUGCUUCAUUCCAUCCACACGAAGGAGAAGCGCGCAUCCAGUGUUUCCUCAGUCUGUAGACUUAUUGCACGCUGCACUCUGUGUGUGUUUGUGUACGUGAGUGGCCGCGAUAAUUUUUUCAUGCAUGGAGGAUUACCAUUAUUAAUGCGCUAGCUCGUUAACUGUAGCCGUGGCGAGUCGGCAGCGGUACAAAGCCGCUGGAGUGGCUGUGAUCUCCCUCAAGCGAUCGGUGAAGCACCGUUGGAGAGGCAGUCGGCACGCGGCACAAGGGCUCUGGCGCAGUGUCGGUGUGGUGCUCGGCGAGUAAAGACGGGACUGGCGGCGGACACACGGCCAGGUUCCCAUGCGAACUGCCGGUGUUUGGGGAGACUGCUAAGCUAAGAGCCAUGAAUAGAUGAUCCGUGUUUACAAGAGGACUUGCCGUCGUGUUCACACCACUUGGUGUACGGAUGUAGCCAAGUUUUAUAGUACAGUGUAGCAUCGAAUCAGCGAACUUUUAACAACAUGGCGGGAGUGAUUCCACAACUUGUGCGGAUUUUAAUCGUCGUCACUGCGAGUGCUUGCUUGGCCAGCGCUCUUGAGCAGAGACAGAACCAGUGCCAACGGAUCACCAUCCCAAUGUGCGUGGAUAUUGGUUAUAACAUGACACGGAUGCCUAACUUCUUCGGGCAUGAUGCUCAAGCGGAGGCAGCGCCCCGCAUCCAUGAAUUCUCUCCCUUGGUUACCUACGGAUGUUCAGAGCAUUUGCGGUUCUUCUUGUGCUCUCUGUACGCCCCUAUGUGCUCGCCUCAGGUGGAUAUCCCCAUACCGGCCUGCCGGCCUAUGUGCGAGACGGUUCGGGACAAGUGCGAACCCGUUAUGCAGAGCUUUGGAAUAUCGUGGCCUGACGCCCUGAAAUGUGAUACGUUACCCCGCGGUGUGGAGAGAGACGACCUGUGCAUGGUGGCACCCAACAUGUCCGGUGGUAACGAGGGAGAGGCAGGAGCGACGGUCGACCCAGAUGGAGGGUUUCAUCCUGGGGGAGGGGGUGGGAUACCCAAACCCACUCCCCCGUCCAGCAAGCCAAACGGCACCGACAACCGACGGUGUCCAAACCACGAGCGAUUCGUCAUGUUACCCCAGACCAAGUCGUGCGUUCCUCGGUGCGACCGGGACGUGUACUUCCAGCAAUCGGACAAAAAGUUCGCCGAGUUGUGGAUGGGGAUCUGGUCCAUCCUUUGCUUCGUCGGCACGGCCGUGACUGUCUUGACCUUCUUGAUUGAUCGAGGGAGAUUUAGGUAUCCUGAGAGACCCAUCAUCUUUUUGUCCAUGUGCUACAACAUGUACUCCGUCUCCUACAUCAUCCGUUUGUUCGCAGGACCUCGUGCCAUCGCGUGUGGCCACACUGCAGGGGAUGAAUAUUACCUGAUACAGGAAGGAUUAGAGAGCACUGGCUGUACAGUGGUGUUCCUUAUUCAGUAUUACUUCUACAUGGCGAGUUCCAUCUGGUGGGUGAUUCUCACCUUGACUUGGUUCCUGGCGGCCGGGAUGAAGUGGGGUUACGAGGCUAUUGCUGCUUACAGCAGUUACUACCACCUCGCAGCCUGGGCCCUCCCAGCGCUCAAGACCAUCAUUGUCUUGACGCUUCGCCGCAUGGACGGGGACGAGCUGACUGGGAUGUGCUUCGUGGGCAACCAGGACCCCGUGGCCCUGGCUGGCUUCGUGCUGGCCCCGCUCUUCGUCUACUUCGCCGUGGGCACCCUCUUCAUCCUCGCCGGCUUCUUCUACAUGUUCCGCAUCCGGAAGGUCAUGAAGAGCGGCGGCACCAACAUCGACAAGCUGGAGAAGCUGAUGGUGCGGAUCGGGGUGUUCUCGGUCCUGUACACCGUGCCAGCCACCUCUGUGAUCGCUUGUUACUUUUACCAGCGGGCUAACUUGGAGGUGUGGGAAGUCAUAGCCACUCAUGCCAACCCCUGCCUGCCUAAUGGAGACUGCAAUAUGGCAUUCUCGAUCCCCUCAGUCCCUGUACUCCUUGUCAAGACAUUCAUGCUUCUCGUGGUCGGGAUCACCAGCGGUAUGUGGAUAUGGAGCACCAAGACCGUCCAGUCCUGGGAAGCUUUCUUGGGCCGGAUCUUCCGCACCAACGGACACCGUAAGCAGGCCGCCUCCCUGCCGUCUUACGCCCAAACUGCUGGGGCUGCUGCCAACCCCGCCCCCGGACAAGCGAACCCCGCCCCUGGUCUAGGGGUCAAGUAUACCAGAACUCCAAACCCAGCCAACAAGGCUCACAGUAUUGCCUACACUAACUUUGAGGGUGGUGGUACGGCCAUUGUUUAGCACAAACUACAAAGUAUGGCCAACCAUGCUAGUACUAGUAACUGCAUUAUGUAUAUUAUCGUUAAAAAAACAUUACUACGCAAAUAUGAUUUUUUUUUUAUUCUGAAUAUGAUCAUCAAGUUUUCCUUGCGAGAGAUGUGUAACUCAAGACGCUCAAACUGGUGUAAAAAUUAAUCCCAACCCAAACGUGUUUAAGAAUUGCUGUAUCACUGUUUAACUUUUUGAAACAUUGUCGGGGAAAUAAACGGUCUUGUUUACUUUACGGCGGCCGUUUACCUUGGGUUGUUAAAGCCUGUGGAAUGUGUCGCUGCGUGGAAUGUGUCGACUAUCAUGGGCAUAUCAUUACGUAUCUCUGUGUAUAGAAUGUUAUCCCAGGAGGUAUCAUGCCGACAUAAGCAAUGCCGAUUGUUUCUAAUUAAAUGUAAACAU